AUUCCCUAAGAUUUUUCUGUUUAAAAAUGGAAAGAGACUUUCUGUUCCUAUCUGAACUUGAUCAUUACACGUUAUUAGAAAUUUUCUUACUUAUAUAUAAGUUAUAUGAAGUUUCACAUUGUGUUUCAAAAUAAAAUCACUUCAAAAUAGCCACCCUUUUGUGUCCUUUGUGUAUGUCUUUAAAAUUAAAUCUGCUUGAAGAUAUACACAAAGACUAAUUAGCCAUAAACUUAUUCAUAUAUGCAUCAAUAGUCAAUUCCAUAUUACCAAUUUGCUAUUGUAUAUUCACUAAUAUUAUUAAUAUAUGCAUAUUGAACUAUAUAAAAGUGCUACACUUUGAUCCUUCUCCAUCAAUAACAUUCAAAGAAGUAGCUUCCUGCAGGAUCCACUGAGAUUCAACCCUUGUCGCUUAGACUGGUUUUAUUCAAAAAGCGAAGAUGGGAGGGUGUUUUUCUUCAAGAUCAUCAUGCACAUCAAAGAAAAUCCGUUUGGUUCAUCUAAGUGGCUAUGUAGAGGAUUUUGAGCAACCAAUUUCAGUUAACCAAGUGAUCAAUAGUAGAAAUCCACCAACUCACUUUGUUUGUACCUCCCUUCAACUUCUUUCAUCUUCUUCAAAACCAUUGAAAGGAGAUACACAACUUCAACCAGGAAAUGUUUACUUCAUGCUACCUUAUUCAAUUCUACAAGCCGAUGUUUCGCCUGUGGAUUUGGCUUCGCUUGCGAAAAGGCUCACUGCAAAGGCGAAAACUAGUAGAUUUGAUGAGAAAAAGUCAUUGAAAGGUAGUAGUCCUUUGUCAAACCAAGAUGCUUUGAGCAGUAUUUGGAGUUCCCCUUCGAUGAGUCCUGGAAGAGUUGCGGUGGCUGAACAAUAUGGUAUGACGUAUGGAGGACGAAGCACGUGUAGAGGGCGGUUAUGGAGACCUCUAUUGGAUACUAUCAGAGAGAAGUCAUUCAAUAGAAGUAAUGAAUCCGAUUUGAAAGAAUUUCUUUGAAGUUUGCACAAUCUUGUGGACUAAGGUAAUACAAGAGAGAAAGAAGGCAUGUUAGGUUGUUUGAUGAAUCUAUUGAUCGAAAGGGAGAAAAGUUGAGACAUUUGCUUUUGAAUAUUUCUUGUGUUUGAUUUUUCUGUGAAUGCUCCUAAAGGUAUGAUGUAAAUGUUUAUGAUCUUGAUAUUUCAGUUUGUAGAUUUCAUGGUAAGUCUUAUAAGAAUUGGAUUCAAGUGAAGUGAAAUUUUGGAGACAUGAAUUAUCUCACAAUCUUUUUAAGA